UAAUCGAAAAUAAGAAUUUUUAGUCUUACUGAACAUAAAAGAAGAUAAAAUAACAAAAGGAUUAUUUUGUAUAAAGUAAAUAUUUUACCAAAAUUAAUAUGAAUCAAGGAAGAACAUCAAUAGAAGUGAAAUUCCCAGUACCAUGGGGUCAUAUUGCAGGCAAGAUCUAUGGAUCUCUGAAAGAAGAAAGAGUUCUAAUGGUGCAUGGUAUUUUAGACAAUGCUGGUACAUUUGACAGGUUAAUUGAACACCUUCCACAGAAAUAUCAAUAUGUGAAUAUAGAUUUGCCAGGGCAUGGACUCUCAUCUCCAAUGCCAUCUGGAAUGCCAUUGCAUUAUUUUGAUUAUGUCCAUUCAAUAUUGUUUGUUUUGGAUGCACUAAAAUGGCAAACCUGUAUAUAUAUUGGACACAGUUUUGGAGCUCAUAUUGCAACAUAUUUCAGUAUUUUGUACCCUGGAAGACUUGAAAAAAUUGUAGCACUCGAUGGAUUUCUACCUUUUCUGGUUAAGGAUAUUGUUCCUUAUAUUCGAGAUGUAUAUAAUUUAAACGCUUAUACUAAAGAUUCUAAUAUACUUUAUACUAAAGAUGAAAUUAUGUAUGCUUUGCAAUUUAAAAGAUUUGAGACAUUAAGAAUGGAGGCUGCAGAAGCUUUAUUUAAACGUGCAGUUACUAAGGUUGGUGAUUUGUACAAAUUUAAUCGUGAUACAAGAUUAAGACAUGUUGUUAGACCAUUUUUUACACUGGAACAACACAAGGAAAUUUUUAAAAAAUAUACAACUAAAACAUUAAUAAUUAUAGCGGACAGUUCCGUACGAGUAAAUAUUUUGUCACAAAUAGUAAAAACAUUACCAUUAAUUACUAACAAAACUGAUCUUUUUACUGUAAUUCAAGUCAGAGGAAAUCAUGAUGUACAUAAUAAUUAUCCUGAGUGGGUAGCACCACAUAUAUGUAAAUUUCUAGACGAUAAUUUACAAAGUAAAUUAUAAAUUAUUUAUUAUUUCUAUAAAAUAUAUAUAUUAUUUUUAUAAAAUAAUUUUUAUUAUAUAACACUACAUGAAGGGGAUGUAUGAGAAUAUAAUUCAUAUUAAAUUUAUUUUUGUAGUACUUAAUGUAAGUCAUUUUUUACAGUAUUUAUAUGCACAGAGUUUAUUAUAAGUAUAUACACUUUCAUCUGUAUUGAACUAUAUGUACUUAAAUUAUUGAAAAAUGUAAAAAAAAUGUAUAUUUUAAAAUUGGUAAUAAUUAUAAAAAA